UAUUCUGCUCCACGUUUGUUGAUCUAUAACGUUACGUAUAAAUACGUGUUUAAUGCACAUAUUGUUGGGUUUAAGAACUAAUAUGUAAUAUUGAUCCAGAUUAGGUCAAGACGAAGUGCUUUGGUGACGCAUUACCUCUACGUGUUUAGACUGCGGAGUCAGCGCCUCACUAUUUAGCUAAAUACUAUUUGCUAGCUAACUAAGUUUAUAGUCGUUUUAAAAUAGUUUUUUUUUAAACAUGGCAGCGGAUGAUACACUUUGCGCAGAGUUCGUGGACUGGGAUCUUGACACUUGGACCCGUGACGUUAUUGGACUCAAACAGGAGAAACAACUGUCUGCCCCGCAGAGAAGGCGCUUCAACUUGUGCAGGAGGAAGUCAUUUUCUGCCUUCGUGGCGUCCAAGAGGGACGAGUGUCAGGAUCAAGGAAGUCCGUCCUGGCGCUGCUGCGGCGAGACCUUCAGGCAUCACUCUGCCUUCCACAAACACGCUGCCAGGACUCACAAGGCUGAAAUAGGGCGGCUCACGCAGACCACAUACGAGCGUUUGUUAAGCUGUCUACAGGAAGAAGCUGAAGCGCAGCAGCUGGACGAGCGUGAGGCCGAGCCGGCGGACGUUUCGACCUGGAUUCCUGAAACUGCUCACAUCUCCGAGGAGCAGCUUCGGAAGGGUCCAGGCAAGGUUCUCCUCUAUUAUCGCUACUGCCAAGUGGAGGACACACACGUCAUCUGUGCCUGGCAGAAAGCUUUGUGCGAGAAGCUCCACCUAACUGGCAAGGUGAGGCUGGCGACUGAAGGCAUCAAUGGAACAGUUGGUGGAACCAACACGGCCACCCGGCUUUACAUGGACGCGAUGCGUGCGCACCCGCUCUUCAAGAUGGAGGAGGAGGAUUUUAAGACAAGUGAAGGCGGCGCCGAGUGUUUUAAAGACAUGACGGUUGGGGUCUAUAAAGAAAUCGUCCCAAUGGGAAUGGACCCUGAUGUCCUUUCCUACCAGCUGGCAGGAGUUCAUUUGGAGCCGGAGGAGUUUCAUGAAGAGGUGCAGGCUCUGUUGGCUGAAGGUGAUGUGGGCAAUGACACCGUCCUCCUGGAUUGCCGCAACUUUUACGAGAGUAGAAUUGGGCAGUUUACUCAGUGUUUGGCUCCCAGCAUCCGUAAGUUCAGCUACUUCCCGGACUACGUCGACCAGAACCUGGAUCUGUUCCGGGACAAGAAGGUGUUGAUGUACUGCACGGGAGGGAUCCGCUGUGAGCGCGGCUCCGCGUACCUCCGCUCCAAAGAUGUUUGUAAAGAGGUCUACCAGCUGAAAGGUGGAAUCCACAAGUAUCUGGAGCGAUUCCCAGAGGGCUUCUAUCGAGGGAAACUUUUUGUGUUUGAUGAACGCUACGCCAUCUCCUCCAACGAUGACGUCAUCUCGGACUGCAGGUACUGCGGAUGUCCCUGGGACCGGUACCAACUCUGCUCCACCGAGUUCUGCUGCCAGCUGGUUCUGUCCUGUCCCGCCUGCAGACGGGACGGACGCACCGCCUGCUGCCCCACCUGCCGAACCAAAGGAGGGGCUUCACACCGCAGAGAGGAGUGCGAGUGCACGGACGGACGUCCCAGAAUCCCUCAGGAUGCGUAGCGGCGGAGAGGACAUCAGUGCUUGCAGACACAAAACAAGAUGGAAUUGCUGCUUAAUAAUCCCAAUUCAUAACUAGAAUAUGUUAUAUAUAUAUAUAUAUAUAUAUAUAUAUAUAUAUAUGUGUGUAUGUGUGUGUGUGUGUGUAUAUAUAUAUAUGGAAGAAGGGGAGGAGGAGGACGUAUUUGUUCUUUUGAUUUGAGACAAAUAGUCCUAAAAAAUAAAAAUGUGUACUUACUUAUUUGAACAUGUUAAGAAUCUCCACUCGGGCCGAGUGACCUUGACUUCCUCCACCAAGAAGAGUCUCUCGGUUGAAGAUGGAGGUCGUUUCUUAUCUGUUUCCACUCGUAGCGGUGUCUUGGGGGGAGUGACCCCGACCUCCUUCUCCACCAAGAAGGAGGAAGAGGAAGGAGGUUUUUGGUGGGGUUCUUUGUGAGAUAAACCUGUGAGAUAAAUCCGGGGGGAUUCAAAAUUCCUACAUGUCCUUUCUGAGACAGGCGGGAGUGGACGGACCCUAUUUUUGUAAACUGAGCGCUCCUCUAAUUAUAUGUGUGUAUAUAUAUAUAUAUAAUCUAAUCAACCAAUC